AUGGCUGUUGUUGAGCCUGGACUCCAUAUGGCUGUUGUUGAGCCUGGACUCCAUAUGGCUGUUGUUGAGCUUGGACUUCAUAUGGCUGCUGUUGAACUUGAACUUCAUAUGGCUGUUGUUGAGCCUGGACUCCAUACGGCUGUUGUUGAGCCUGGACUUCAUAUGGCUGCUGUUGAACUUGAACUUCAUACGGCUGUUGUUGAGCCUGGACUCCAUAUGGCUGUUGUUGAGCCUGAACUUCAUAUGGCUGCUGUUGAACUUGGACUUCAUAUGGCUGCUGUUGAGCCUGGACUCCAAAUGGCUGUUGUUGAACUUGAACUUCAUAUGGCUGUUGUUGAGCCUGGAUUCCAUACGGCUGUUGUUGAGCCUGGACUCCAUAUGGCUGCUGUUGAACUUGUCCAGGAUAUGGGGCAUAAACAUUAUGCUGCACUGCCAUUUGUGCUUGACUCGGAUAAGCCAAAUGUGCUGUACCAGGAGGUGGUUGUGCAACCUGUCCGAGGACGGGUGGAGGAGGUAAAUUCGCAUACUGCUGUGCGUGCUGGAACUGCUGCGCAGUCUCGUACUUAUUUUGCUCUUGUUGGCUCGAUUGUUCUGCCAUUCCUGAAAUAG